UAAUUGUCAUUAAUUGAAUAGGAAUUGAGGGCUGCUUUUGAUAAGGAGAGCCCAAAGUUGUCACUGUCUGCUGCAGUACAGGCGGGUCUACCCGGCGGUGCCAUCGAUAAAGGCUAUGAUAUCCCAGCCCUGUCUAAGGCACUGGACUACCUGUGCGUAAUGACGUACGACUUGGCCGGCGUGUGGGACCAGAAGACUGGCCAUCACUCGGACUUUAAGCGGUCGACCGAAUGGAGCAAAUCAUAUGUAGACAAAGGUUUCCCAAAAGAGAAAGUGUUGGUCGGAGUGGCCUUCUAUGGCAGGGGGUAUACACUGAAAGACGCGGCACAACACGCGACCGGUGCUCCCAUCGCAGGUGUGGGCAAUACGCCGGCCGGCGCUGACGGCACUGCGCUCUACAGCGAAAUGUGUGAUUUAGUCAAGAAUAAGGGCUGGAAAAAGGAGCGAGCUAAUGGAAAAGACCCAUUUGCUUAUAAUGGUAAAAUAUGGUUUGGUUAUGACGACCCAUAUCAAGCUUAUGACAAGGCAGCUUGGGUGAAGGCCAAUGGCUACGGCGGUAUAAUCAUGUGGGAAGUUGGCCAGGAUGACGUUAAGGGCACAUGUUGCUCGGUGAAAUUCCCAAUGCUCCGGGCUAUUAAUAAUGGUCUGUUUGGUACCGUACAAAAAACAUUCAUAAUGAAGAUCCUGUUAUACGCAACGCUAGUGUGCGCACAGUUAUCGGUGACAAUAUGCAUACCCCGCGUAAUCUGUUAUUACCCCGAUUAUCGGCUAAAAACAUUAGCGCCAAUAGACUUUGACCCUCUCCUAUGCACUCACAUUCAUUUUUCGUUUCACAAAUAUGACGAUGCUCAUAAUGUGAUCGUUGACAGCACCGGCAGUGCCCGACCCGCGCUGUAUAAUAGGUUAAAGACACUCAAAAAACGCAACUCAAAACUAAAAUUAAUGGUAGCGGUGGCCGGGUAUGGGAUGCCUGACCAACCCUUUUCCCAUAUGGUUAAUGAUCCCAAACUGAGGGCCCCUUUCAUCAAGAAUACUGUCGCCUAUUUAAAGAAAUAUGGUUUCGAUGGUCUGGACCUCGACUGGGAGUACCCGGUCUGUUGGGGCGGAGACUGUACUAAAGGACCCGCAACUGAUAAACCUAACUUUGGUAAACUCCUCUUG